CAAUGGAAAUUAAUUACUGUGCAAGGUGCUGUUGCAACAGAUUACCUAUGUAUUUUUUUAAGGAUAUUUAUAUUUUCGUUUUUGAGUUUCUGACUGCUGUUAUGCGUAUAUACGGUCUUGCCUCAUCCGUAUAAAGCUCAAAAUUCUGUUAAUUGCCAUGCAUUUGUGAGCUCACAAUAAUAAUCUUCUGGCAAAGAGAGAGUAAUGAGGGUUUGAAAGGCCAAGGGUUUGAGUAUUGUUGUGAUGUAUGUGCCCUUAGUUGGAGCUUCUGAAAUCGAUUCAAGAAUUUGAGUUGCAGGGAAUUUAAGGAUCAGUUUUAGUUUUGCUUGGACCUGAAUAGUAUAGCAUGAACAAUAUGAAAUCCAAGGAAGAAUAUAUGGUCGAGGUUUGCCGUUCAGAUGGAGGUCUUUUGCAGUCUUGGUUCAGAGCCAAGAUCAUUUCAUGUAAGCCAGAUGGUUACCGAGUUGAGUAUGACAACCUCUUAAAUGACCAUGGGAAACAUUUUGUGGAAGAUGUGCGAGCUGAUGCAGUUCGACCAGAACCUCCUCGUAUGACAGAAAUAAGAAAAUUGGCACCUGGGCAUAUGGUUGAAGUGUAUGAUAAUCUCUCAUGGAAGGUGGGUAAAGUUCUCAAAGCUUUACCUGGCAGAUUAUUUGUUGUAAAAUUGAUGGAAUCAUUACGGCAGAGAACAUUUCACCAGUCUGUUAUCCGUCCCCGGCUGUUUUGGGAGAAUGAAGGAUGGCUGCAUAAUGUUGAGGCUGGUGGAGAUCAUUUACUGAAAAUGGGAUUUCAAGUCCAAAAGAAGUUGCAUUUUGGAAAUCAAUUUCUGGAACUAAAUGUGGAAGCAAAUGCUGGAUACAAUGAACAUGAACAAGUUGAGGCUGAAUUCACCCAUAACAAACUUCUAACAAAGAAUCUAAAAAGAAAGGCAGGCAGUCAAGUGCAAUGUGCCCAUAGAGGAGAUGUUUUGAAGACUAAAGAUGCCUCUCAGAAAAGGAGUGCAACUAAGAAGUUUAGGCAACAAGAGGUCUUAGCAGAAUCAGCCUUGCCUUUGCUGGAAAAGGUAGAUCCAUUUUCUCCACACAGAAAACUCGUGAGUGAGGAACGUGAAGCUGAAAGCAUUCAGUGCUCUGUAGCUAGUAAUAGCAGUAGCAAUGAGUUAAAUUAUGUGUUACAUUCUGAUAAUAAGAAUAUAAAACACAGUCUCAAUGAAAGUCAUUUUGAUGAUGCUCAGUCUUCUUGUGAAUGUCCAAAUGGGAGGCAAAAUGAAUCUUUUUCUGAAAAUGAAGAAGAAUCUAAAUUACAUCAAUUAGAAAUUCAUGCAUAUCGUUCUACAAUAAGAGCUUUCUAUGCAUCUGGGUGUUUAACCUGGGGGCGAGAAACCUUGCUGUCAAAUCUCCGUCUUGAACUACACAUUUCUGAUGAUGAGCACCUAUCUGAGUUGACAUGGUUGAGCUCUACAAAAGUCCAAAAAUCAGAACUUCAUGCAUACAAUUCCACAAUGAGAGCUUUUCAUGCUUCUGGGAGUUUAACUUGGGGGCGAGAAGCCUUGUUAACAAAUCUCCGUCUUGAACUGCAUAUUUCUGAUGAUGAGCAUUUGUCUGAGUUGACACGGUUGUGCUCAACAAAAGUUCUGUAAGUUAACUUUUCUGUAAGAUUCAUUCAGUCAUAGGUAAUUCAAGAUUAUUUCAGGAUUGCCUUUUGAGUUAUUGGUUCCCGUGAGCACAAGUUUCUGCAUUCCCCUUGCUUCUGCUUGCAGAAAGGAUAUGAUGAACAGAAAAGUUUUCAUAGCUCAUAAAUUUAUGUUACAAAUAUAUAAGAAGUUGGCAAAGCAUAGGCAGCCAAGCAAUGUACUUACAAUUUUUUUGUACCAUAGUUUCUGACUUAUUAAAUAAAUCCCAUCUGAAGUGUCUCAAGUUCUCAACUUAUGGCCAACUGCCAUGCCACUUUGUGGAAUUCACCAUAGGCAGCCAAUCAAUGAGCCUAUGAAAAAAUUGUACCAUAGAUUCUCAUUUGUUAAUCUCAAAUUCUGGUCCUUAAAAUCAUCAACAGGUGAUGACCAUUUUCUUCAAA